AAUUAGUAAAUUUACAUAUAUUGUUAUUAUUUUAAAGUAACAUCUUUUAUAUUCUAUACAGAACAUAAAAUUUUAAUUAUAAUUAUGGCUGCAAUAAGACAUACAUUACAAAGAGAAGUAUUCACACCUAGCGAUGAAAAAUUAUUAAGUAUAUGUUAUGUAAGCAAAGCAUAUAAAAAAAAGAUGAGUUUUUUGUGUUUAACUACAACUACAGAUUCACCAACAUCUUUAGUUUUAUAUCAAGUAAAAAAAAAUGAUAAAAAUGUAUUCAAGAAAAAACAAUCUUGGUCUUUAAGCGAUAUUCAAAUUGUGGAUGGUGUAAAAAAUGAUUCUAUGGAUAUAGAAUUACAUAUUGAUAAAGUAUAUAAAUGGUCAGUGACAACAGCACAAGAACGAAGAACAUUUAUAAGCAAUUUAUAUACUUAUUCAUGUAAUUUAGCUCAAAGACCACAAUUUAGAAAUAUUCCCAAAGAAUGGCUCAUAGAUCCUAGUUCAUUAAAAGAAAGUGAUAGUAUCACUUUCACACCAGAAUUAUUAACAUCCCCUAUUUCAUCUGAUUAUCAACCUAUUACUGAAAAAGAAGCUGCUGAUUUAGAACAAAUGAUGGAAGAUUGUGAAUAUGCAGUCUCUAAUGCUGAACUUUUUAUGGAAACUCUUUCUAAAGAUCUUUCAAUUCUUGAUGGGGAAAAUGUACAAUCAGUUUUGGCAUCAGAAGCUUGUGUAACUCAAUUAAUGAAUAGUAUAGAAAUAGCAAUAACUGAAGCUUCUGUUGUUGAAGCUCGUCUGGCUGCUUAUGAUGAAGCACUUGGUAGGAUUAGAGAAGUUAUGGCACGUGUAGGUCAAAAAAAUCAAGCUAUUCAUACAGCUAAUAGUAAUGCACGACUUUUAUUAGAUCAAUUGAACACAGUCAUUUCACAAUUAGAUAUUUCAUCAACUCAUCAACAUAUUUUGAGUGAAGCUGAGCUUCCAGGAGAAAAAGACGUACUUAGCCAAGCAGGUGCUGCUCUUUUAAAAGCAAUAACAGCUCCUCUACCACCAGGACUUGAUAAAUUAAGUGCAGUAACAGAACAAAAGAGACGACUUGACAAACUUAGAAUAAAAUUUUCUGUGAUUGUAGCUAGACAUCUAAAUAAUCUUUUUAUACAUUUGGGCAAUGAUAUUGGAGAUAUGUCAACAUCAAUGACUGAUUUAAUUCUUCCAACACAUCAAGCAGUUCAUUAUGAACUUGAACCAUAUACAGAAUUAAUGCAAUUAUUAAGAGCAUUAGAUUAUAAAGCUUUUGUACAAUUAACUAAAGUUUAUACAGAUACAAUGAGUAAACUAUAUAAAAGGGAUUUGAAAAGAUUUUUUGAGGAAGCAAGAAAUAAACUUAUUUGUAAACGUUUUCAAACAAAUACAUCAAAAUCUAGUGGUCAAAAAGUAGAAGAUUUAUUGAAUCCUGCACCUAUUUGUUUAUUAAGUGGCGAAAUAUGGGCACCUGUAGGAGAAGGAAAUCUUUUAGAUUCAGUUCUUGAUUGUAUGCUUUCUCAAAUGCAACCAGUUUGUCUUGCAGAACAAGCUUUUUGCAUUUCUUUUCUACAAUUAGAUUCUGUUCUUUCCCCAUCAAAAAGUAGUGAAAUGGAAGAAACAGAUAAUGUUAGCAAUGGAGCUGCAAGUCCAGGAUCAGUGACUUCUACAGCAAGUAAAAAAUUAGAAAGACAAGUAAAUGAAGAAGUACGUGCAACAAUGGCAGCUAUAUUUCCAUCACUGGAAAGUGAAUUAAAUAAUUUUAUUGCCUUUUUGGAUAAAAUAGAUAGUUUUUGGUGUAUGUAUGUCUUAGUACGUUUAUCACAACAUGUUAUGUCAGCACAAGAUAUUGGUUCAUUUUUAUCUAUGACAUUUGCUUCUGCUUUAAUUCAAGUUAAAAGAGCUUUUGAUAAAUUCAUGCAAACACAAUUACAAUCAAUUCUUUGUGAUACUAAAGUUAAUCGUAGAAAUAAAUGUGGUAUAUUACCAUAUGUAGAAAAUUUUGAAUCAUUUGCACGAACAGCAGAAAAAAUUUUUAAAAAUUCAGAUAGAAAAGUUGAUCUUGAGAAAUGGUAUACUAAAUUAGUAAGUACAAUGUUUGAUGCUAUUGUUAUCCAUAGCAGAGAACAUCAUAAAACUCCACAAGAAGUUAUUAAAAUGGAAAAUUUUCAUCAUUUAUACGAUCUUUUAUCACAAUUAAAAAUAUCUGUUCUUGAUCACGAACGAAAGGAAGCUAAACAAAAAUAUCAGGAUGCUUUACGAGCAUAUGUUACACAAUAUUUUGGAAGACCUUUAGAAAAACUUAAUUUAUUUUUUGAAGGCGUGCAAGCAAAAGUUGGUGCUGGAGUUAAAGAAUCUGAAGUUAGUUAUCAAAUGGCCUUUAGUAAACAAGAACUUAGACGUGUUGUAAAAGAAUAUCCUGCCCGAGAAGUUAAAAAAGGUUUAGAAAAUUUAUAUAGAAAAGUUGAAAAACAUUUGUGUGAAGAAGAAAAUUUAUUACAAGUCGUUUGGCGUGAAAUGCAAGGUGAAUUUAUUGCACAAUAUAUUUACAUAGAAGAAUUAAUUCAAAGAUGCUAUCCGGAUAGUAUGGUAACUCUUGAAUUUACCAUACAAGAUAUUUUAGAAUUUUUUUCAGAAAUAGCCCGAUCUCACUAAAAAAUUUGAUAAUUUAAAAAUUGUGAAAUAAACAAUUAUAUUUAUAUAUUAGAUUUAAAUAAUAUAUUAACAGAAUAAUAAUUUUUUCUAUAAAUAAAAAUGUAAAUAUUUAAUUUUUAUAUUUUAACUUUGUUAAGUUUGAAUCUUUUUGAUAAAUAAGGACAUAAUGAAUUUAUUUAUUUAAUGAAAUUUAAUUCAAAUAUUUUAUGUAUUUUAUUUCUUAAUAAUUUUUCAAUAUUUUUCAAAAUGCAUUAAAACAAUUUUAAAUCAUAUAAUUUUAAAUACAAAAAUGUAAACAAAAUAAAAUAUAUAUUUUA